CAGAGGAACCUAGUAUUUUCUAGAAAAAAUGUUUCCGGCCGACGGUAUUUUGCCUUCGUACGUGUCGACAGUUUGCUUCGCGCUUAAACAACAUUAAUUUUUGGACAGUAUUGACUUUGUACCAUAAACUGUAAUGGCGCUCCCUGGACCUAAUAAAGACAACAUCAGAGCUGGGUGUAAGAAAUGUGGAUAUCCGGGCCAUUUAACAUUCGAGUGUCGAAAUUUCGUCCGAGUUGACCCCCAGAAGGACAUUGUUCUGGAUGUAAGCAGCACCAGCAGCGAGGAGAGUGAAGAUGACGUGCCUGCUUCUCAGCACAAUGAGAAAUUGGGUCGAAGUGUGCUGCGCCAAAAAGAUUCUCGUGAUGAAGAUGACAGAAAAAAGAGACGUAAACCAAAGAAGAGCAAAGAUAGAAAAUCAAGAAAAAGAUCUGCAUCAUCCAGUGACGAAGAACCAAGAAAAAGAAAGAAACACAGCAGAUCCAGCUCCUCUUCAGACGAGGAAGACGGGAGAAAGAAAAAGAAACAAAGUCACAAGAAGAAAAGCAAAAAACACAAAAAGGAGCAUGGGAAACAUCACAAAAAGAAAGAGAGAAAAGGAAAACACAAGUCGUCAUCCUCUUCUUCAUCAGCUAGUGAAUCAUCAGAAAGUGACUGAACCACCAAUCCGUAGCCUCAAGAUGUCUGAUGUUAAUGAAGCAGAUCAUGUAUAUUGUGUCUUAUGACUUUGGUGUAAAUAGUUUGAAUCACCUUUUUUAUAACGUGUGUCCAUACACUGCUGCGUCUUUAGAUGGUGACAUUAUGAAGCCAUUAUCUGUUGGCGCUCUGCAUUCUCUGGUACAAGGCACACUACAUGCUGUGAUAGUUUUGCCUUCCUUUCCCAGGCCUAUCAUCAUUUGCUGUAUUUAUGCACAAUAAUUUGAAUUUCAUCAGACGUACUCCAUCGUAUGUGCAUUGGUUUUACAUGUCAUAAAAGAAGACAUUGUAUUACUACACAUAAUUCAGGUUAAUGGCUGUGCAGAUUUUAGUUUUAUCUCCUUUUAUGUUUUUCAGUCUGUAUUAAAAGGUCAAAUGUAAACCAAACUCCUUGAGUUUUAUAUUGCAGUGACUUUGUGGUGACAUGUUUCGUGGUAUAGAUAGUGAGUUCAGUCCAUUACUACUAUUUAUUAAUGCUUGGUAGCUAUACUAUGCGUCAGUAUUGGAAAGACAUCAUUUUUUUCAAUCUAGAAGUUUGGUUUAUAAUCAAACUGUAAAUCCCUGACAGGUGUUGGUGUUAGUGCCAGUGUAGAUGCUCAUGCUCCAAUUGCCUGUUGCUUCUACUUUUUUCCAUUACAGAUUCUGUUUGUGAUUCAAUAGUAUUUACUCUAUUAAUUUUACUCUCAGGUUCUUUCAUAGGUGACUCCUUAUAUAUCUGUUUGCUUCCCCUUUGCUAAUUUUAUGAUGUUAUUUCAGAUGGACAUUUCACCAAAAAAAUAUAACAAAGACGUUCAUAUUUCUAAGUGUAAAUACAGUACCUUGCUACCAAAUAUACAUACUCAAAUAAAUGUAAAUACACCA